UUGUCAUUUAUGAGAAAUAACAUUGACGAAUCAACUCCAUCGGAAUAAUUACAUUUGUUCACAACAAAUGAAACAAUUAAAAAUACAAUUACAUAUUAAAAACAGUAAAUAAUAAUAAAAAAUAAACAAAGAACAAAAUUUUACUAUCAGUACAAAGUUAAAACAUGAUAAAUGGCUAAUUACGAAUUAAUAGAUGAAACAAAUGGAGUACGUUACAAGCAUAUAGGAUGGCGUAUAGCGUUAUUGGUGAGUUUAUGUAUGUGCUCCACGGCCUUGGUGUAUCGGAUAUGGCAGCAUAUAUAUGGACCAUAUUAUACGGUAAUCCUAAGAUAUCCACAGUUCAAGCAAAGUAUACCACCAGAAUGGAUUGAUCGUGCCACUGUGUAUAGUUUAGCGUAUCAAAAUCAAACCCAAGAAUCCCACGAUUUUCGUUUGGUUAAAAAUUUAACAUUCCGUAUUAAAUAUUUACAUUCUGAACAGGAUGAGAAUUCCUCAUUGGAAGCCAGCAGUAUUUUUGCCCCCUUGCCCAAUGAAACUCUAGUCGUUUGCUAUUAUACGUAUAGCAAUGAGAAUACGCAGUAUGAGAACUUAAAUUUAACUCAAGUUAAUGGGACUUUAUGUACACACAUUAAUGUGGGUAUGGCAUUUAUAAAAAAUUCCUCUAUAGUAAUUAGUCAAAGCUUAAAUUACACUUUAUCGAAUGAUAUGCCACGACUGAAAACGCAAUUUCCCCACUUAAAGUUUCUCUUGUGCAUUGGAGGUGGUGGCUCAUUAAGUGAUGGUUUUUCCGAUAUGAUAAGAAAUCAUCAAAGUCGUAAAGUAUUUAUACAAUCAUUAAAGGAAGUAUUAAGAAAUUAUAAAUUAGACGGUUGUGAUUUGGAUUGGGAAUUUCCCAGUGCUUAUAAUCGAGAACGUAUGCAUUUCAGUCAAUUACUCUAUGAAAUACGUCAAGAGUAUGUAAGAGAGAAGCGAGCUUAUCUGCUAUCUGUGGCAGUGGCUGCGCCGGAAGGAAUUGCUCUAUUUGCAUACGAUGUGGCGGAAAUUAAUAAAUAUGCGGAUCAUGUCAAUUUAAUGUCGUAUGAUUAUCAUUUCUAUACAAAGGGAACACCGUUUACGGGUUUAAAUGCACCUUUGUAUGCGCGCAGUAAUGAACAUUCCAUUCUUGCUACAUUAAAUAUUAACUAUUCGGUAAACUGGUGGCUUAAAAAUGGUUUGGAACGUAGAAAAUUAAUAGUAGGUUUGCCAACUUAUGGUCAUUCUUUUACUUUGAUCAACCCUUUUAAUACUGCCAUUGGUGCGCCAGCUUCUGGUUAUGGUCAUACCGGAAAUCAAGGUUUUGUUUCAUCUGGUGAAAUAUGUUGGUUUUUACAGCAUAACAUUUUAAGUUCUUUGGAGUACGACAAGGAUGCCUGUUCCUGUUAUGCCAGUAGUGCAAACGAGUGGAUUGCCUUCGAUCAAGCCACUAGCUUAGCGUGUAAGGCUAAGUAUAUAAAAAUGCAUGGUCUGGGAGGAGCAAUGAUGUUUUCUUUGAAUACUGAUGAUUUCAAAGGAAUUUGUGUAGAGGGAAAAAGAUUCCCUUCAAUAGAAGUCGUUUAUAAAAUCCUGAAAAAUGUUUAAAACGGCAAUACCAAAGAUAUAUAUAAGGCGGUUACAUUAGAAAUACAUUUGGAAAAACAACUUUAUAUACCGAAUAAUUGAGGUUUCUUCAAAUCGAUUUCUAUCUUAACCAUCUAGAUGUU